AUGUCGCAUAGUGUGACGGACGCCCGCACCCUCCACGUCGUCACUCUCCAAGCUGCGCGUCACUCGAUCUGCUCUGAUCUAUUCAAAAAUAACGCGUCCGAUUGCUACGCGAUGGCUCUGUGGUCGCCCAAGAGCACGACACACAACGUCUGGGUCGCUUACGUCUUUACGCUGUUCUCCUGGUCGGCCCGAAGCAUUUUGUUCCAACAGGUUGUCGCUGGCUACGUGUUCGUGCUGACCAGUUCGACCAAAGCUGUCGGGAACGUCAAAGGCAUUCAAGGCAUCUCCCAGCUCGUGUUCUCGUUCCCAGGCGGGUACGUGGCUGACCACAGCCGUCGGGAUUCCGUGCUCAAGUUCUCGGGUGGCAUCGGAAUCGUCAGUUCCAUCGCCACUUUCAUCGCCAUUGAAUGCACGUCCAUCAACGGUCUCUACGUGGCCUUUGGACUCUGGGGACUCUUUGGGGCGUUCCAAAGUCCUGCGUUGGAAGCGCUUUUCGCCGACUCGAUUCCUCCUGGGAGACGGAGCUUCCCUUUUAUGAUCAAGUACAACAUCAGCAACUUGGCGCAGAUGCUGGGACCGGUGCUGAGCAUUUUUCUCUUCUGGGUCUACGGGGACAAGUGGCAGCUGCCAGAGCUCAAGACUGUGCUCGAGCUUGGAGGCGUCUUGGCUGCUGUUGCCUCGUUCAUCUUGUUUCGCUUCGAUGAUGAUCGAGCGAGGGAUUAUAUGCAGACGGAGACUCAAGAAGAGACGGACAGGCAGAUGAAAUUGAAUCCUCCGUCGCCUAUUCGGACGCCGAAGCUUGUUGGCAAUGAGAUGGACUUGGUCUAUGACUACCCUGACGAAGACGACAUUGUGAUCGGGAACCAUACGACGCCAACAGUCUCCGAAAAUACGGCACUGCUGCUAUUUAAGGGAAAAACUGCCGAAGAGAUGGACGAAGAGCGUCAACAACGCUUACAGCAAGUGAUGGACGACGACGAUGAGGGCUACAUGGGGAAUUCGGAUUCCAGGUUUCUCUGCUUCCGCACGAAACAUGUGCCGUACAUCUUGUUCGCGUCGGACUUUAUCAUUUGCAACGGAGCCGGUAUGACGAUCAACUUCUUCCCGUUGUUUUUUAAGGAAGAGUACGGGCUCACGCCCGUUCAUGUGUGCGCGCUCUUCAUGACUCAGCCACUGAUUGUCAUGAUCCUGUCGUUCAUCUCACAACGGCUGUCCAAAUCGUGCGGUCGUAUGCCAGUUAUUGCGUUCACAAGGACGUUCUCGGUAGCGUGUCUGUUUGCGAUGGCCUACACACAACCGGUGGCUCUACAGAUUGCACUUUUCCUGAUGCGUGGCGGAAUGAUGCGGUGCUCUCAACCUCUACGUCGGUCGAUUCUGAUGGACUACGUGCGGAAGGACAUUCGUGCUCGCUGGAAUGCGCUGGAGGGCUUGUCGGUGUUUUCCUUUUCGGGCAGUGCUGUGCUCGGAGGCUACCUCAUCGAUGCGUACGGUUACCGCAUCUGUUUCAUCAUCACAUCGUUCGUCUACUGCGUCGGUCUGAGCUUGGAAAUGUUCUUGCUGCCGCUGACAAAACAUGCUAUCGAGAGAUAG